AUGUACGAUUGUCGCUUUGUCCAACUUUCUGAAUUACAUGUAUCAUUUGCCCGACCUAGCAGUGAAUCGAUUAAAGGAGCUAAUCUUUAUGUUAGUGGACUACCAAAGUCAAUGAGCCAGCCAGAGUUAGAAGCUUUAUUUCGACCAUUCGGUCAAAUAAUCACCUCGCGUAUUCUUGCCGACAAUGUUACAGGUUUAUCAAAAGGUGUUGGAUUUGUUAGGUUUGAUAAGAAGAAUGAAGCUGAAAAUGCCAUAUCAAAACUUAAUGGAAGCAUACCAACAGGAUGUACAGAUCCAAUUACCGUUAAAUUUGCCAACAAUCCUGCAGCAAACGUCCAAAAAGUUCUUCAGGUACAAGAUGUUGCACAGGCUGCCUCAGCAUUAAUGCCGUUAGCACUCUUGAAUACCGCAGCAGUGGCGACGGCAGGUCGUCGUUACGCAGCUGGGCCGAUACAUCAUACACCACAAACGGCUCGAUUCCGUUACUCACCACUCGCAGCGGCGCCCGCUGCAGCUCCGACUACUGCAGCUAGCCAAGACUUACUGACUAGUCAAAUCCUUCAAAUGGCUGCAGUAACAGGAGCUCCAGCAUCCGCUACACCAUUAGCCAGCCUAACAACAGCGAAUCCAUCUAAUACUAGUCCGUCAGGAUGGUGUAUUUUUGUAUAUAACCUUGCACCUGAGACUGAAGAUGCUCUUUUGUGGCAAUUAUUUGGGCCAUUUGGCGCAGUACUCAGUGUUAAAAUUAUUCGAGACUUCGCUACUAACAAAUGUAAAGGUUAUGGUUUUGUAACGAUGGGUCAGUAUGAAGAUGCCCUUACUGCGAUAACUGCUUUGAACGGCUCUCAGCUAGCUGGCCGAACAUUACAGGUCUCUUUCAAAGCGCAUGCCUUGCCACCCAAUUUGCUACACGUCCGAUGA